CCCGCCCCGCUCCGCCCCGCCCCGCCCCGCCCGGUCGGCGGCAGCCGCUGGGGCGUCUGCGGCACCUGCCCGGCGGAGCGCUCGCUCCCUGCGGCCGGCGCCCGCCCGCCCCGCCGAGAUGGCGGAUCCCGCCGAGUGCAGCAUCAAGGUGAUGUGCCGGUUCCGGCCCCUCAACGAGGCGGAGAUCCUCCGGGGGGACAAAUUCAUCCCCAAAUUCAAGGGCGAGGAGACGGUGGUCAUCGGGCAAGGGAAGCCGUAUGUCUUUGAUAGAGUGUUACCUCCUAAUACAACGCAGGAACAAGUUUAUAAUGCCUGUGCCAAGCAGAUUGUUAAAGAUGUUCUCGAAGGCUACAAUGGCACAAUCUUUGCUUAUGGCCAGACAUCGUCAGGAAAAACGCAUACUAUGGAGGGAAAACUGCACGACCCUCAGCUCAUGGGAAUCAUUCCAAGAAUUGCACAUGACAUCUUUGAUCACAUCUAUUCCAUGGAUGAAAACCUGGAGUUUCAUAUAAAGGUUUCCUACUUUGAGAUAUAUUUGGACAAAAUCAGGGACCUACUUGAUGUGUCAAAGACAAACCUCGCUGUACAUGAAGAUAAAAACAGAGUCCCAUAUGUUAAGGGUUGUACAGAAAGAUUUGUAUCUAGUCCUGAAGAAGUUUUGGAUGUCAUCGAUGAAGGGAAAGCUAACCGACACGUAGCCGUUACAAAUAUGAAUGAACACAGCUCUAGAAGCCACAGUAUCUUCCUCAUUAAUAUUAAACAGGAGAAUGUGGAAACUGAGAAGAAACUCAGUGGAAAGCUUUACCUGGUAGACUUGGCUGGAAGCGAGAAGGUCAGCAAAACUGGAGCGGAGGGGGCUGUUCUUGAUGAAGCUAAAAAUAUCAAUAAGUCUUUGUCUGCUUUAGGCAAUGUGAUAUCUGCCUUGGCAGAAGGAACUAAAACCCAUGUUCCAUACCGAGACAGCAAAAUGACCCGAAUACUUCAGGAUUCCCUUGGUGGGAACUGCAGAACCACCAUCGUGAUCUGCUGUUCUCCUUCGGUGUUCAACGAAGCAGAAACUAAGUCGACCCUGAUGUUCGGACAGCGAGCUAAGACAAUUAAGAACACGGUCUCUGUGAACCUGGAGCUGACCGCGGAGGAGUGGAAGAAAAAGUACGAGAAGGAGAAAGACAAAAACAAGAGUCUGAAGAAUGUUAUCCAGCACCUAGAGCUGGAACUGAACAGGUGGAGAAACGGAGAAGCGGUGCCUGAAGAUGAACAGAUCAGCGCAAAGGACCAGAAGAACCUGGAGCCUUGUGAUAACACCCCCAUUAUUGACAACAUCACACCGGUUGUUGCCAGCAUCUCGACAGAGGAGAAGCAGAAAUAUGAUGACGAGAUCGCCAGCCUCUACCGACAGCUGGAUGAUAAGGAUGAUGAAAUCAACCAGCAGAGCCAGCUGGCGGAAAAACUAAAGCAACAAAUGUUGGAUCAAGAGGAGCUUUUGGCCUCCACUAGGAGAGAUUAUGAGAAGAUUCAAGAGGAGCUGACCCGUCUUCAGAUUGAGAACGAAGCAGCGAAAGACGAAGUGAAAGAGGUCCUGCAGGCCCUGGAAGAGUUAGCUGUCAAUUAUGACCAGAAAUCCCAAGAAGUGGAGGACAAAACAAGAACCAACGAGCAGCUGGCUGACGAGCUGGCACAGAAGAGUAGUGCCCUGACAGCAACGCAGAGGGAGCUGGGCCAGUUGCAGGAGCUCAGUAACCACCAGAAGAAGAGGGCUACGGAAAUCUUGAACUUGCUGCUGAAGGACCUGGGAGAGAUUGGAGGAAUCAUUGGCACUAACGACGUUAAAACAUUAGCAGAUGUGAACGGGGUGAUUGAGGAGGAGUUCACCAUGGCACGGCUUUACAUCAGCAAGAUGAAAUCUGAGGUGAAGUCUCUGGUGAACCGCAGCAAACAGCUGGAGAGCGCCCAGAUAGACUCCAACAGGAAGAUGAACGCCAGCGAGAGGGAGCUCGCAGCUUGCCAGCUCCUCAUUUCACAGCAUGAAGCAAAGAUCAAGUCCCUUACAGACUACAUGCAAAAUAUGGAGCAGAAGAGAAGGCAGCUGGAAGAGUCCCAGGACUCUCUCAAUGAAGAACUUGCCAAGUUACGUGCUCAAGAAAAAAUGCACGAAGUCAGCUUCAAGGAUAAGGAGAAGGAGCAUCUGACCCGGCUUCAGGACGCGGAGGAGAUGAAGAAGGCCCUGGAGCAGCAGAUGGAGAGUCACAGGGAAGCCCACCAGAAGCAGCUGUCCAGGCUGAGGGAUGAAAUUGAAGAGAAGCAGAAAAUAAUUGAUGAAAUCAGAGAUAUGAAUCAGAAAUUGCAACUGGAACAAGAGAAACUGAGCGCUGAUUAUGAUAAAUUAAAAAUUGAGGACCAGGAAAGAGAAAUGAAACUGGAAAAGCUCAUAAUGCUUAAUGAUAAAAGAGAACAAGCAAGAGAAGAUCUUAAGGGGCUGGAGGAAACAGUGGCAAGAGAACUUCAGACUCUUCACAACCUCCGUAAACUGUUUGUGCAAGAUCUCACUACCCGCGUUAAAAAAAGUGUUGAACUUGACAGCGACGACGGAGGUGGAAGCGCCGCACAGAAGCAGAAGAUUUCCUUUCUUGAGAACAACCUGGAACAGCUUACAAAGGUUCACAAACAGUUGGUACGUGAUAAUGCAGAUCUUCGUUGUGAGCUUCCUAAGCUGGAAAAACGACUUCGAGCUACGGCAGAGAGAGUUAAGGCCCUGGAGAGCGCACUGAAGGAGGCCAAGGAGAACGCCAUGCGGGACCGCAAACGCUACCAGCAGGAGGUGGAUCGCAUUAAGGAGGCCGUAAGAGCCAAAAACAUGGCCCGGAGAGCGCACUCCGCUCAAAUCGCCAAGCCCAUCCGCCCUGGCCACUACCCCGCGUCCUCUCCAACGGCCGUCCACGCCAUCCGAGGGGGAGGCAUGUCCAACUCCAGCUACUACCACAACACCAAAUAGACGAGAAGUCAACUCCACUUAGCAUGUUAAGGACUGUCAUUAAGUCACUAGGUUCUUUUUUUCCCCUCUUCAACCCGAUCCGCACCCCGUUCAUCCUGCGCUUCCCGCCGCCAUCCGCGACGCACCGGUCCCAGGUCUCCUGAGCUUCGUAGGAUCUCCACGUGUACAGAAGAUACUUGUACAAUAUAUUUAACAUAACCACCUAAGUAAUGAUAGGAAGUCUGCCACUCAGAAUCUCUCACUGACUGCGUUCGACCCCUUGGCGCUGGUUAGGUUGGGGCUUCUACACUCAGAUUGAUGCUUUUUCGAAGUCCUCUGUUGCAUCGGGAAAUCCCGACUUGUGGCAUCAAAGAAUGAAUUAUUCAAUGACCAAGUGCCAUCAAAGGCAGGUGAUUGUGCUCUGUCAUGACUGAUUUACUGUAUAAUAUACAUAUUAUUUUAUAUUUUUAGGGGAUGAAAAUGUGCUGCUAUAUGGUUUAAUUUUACUGCUUACAUUUUCAGAAAUAAAUUUCCCCAAAGAACUAUUUGUAAUAUCCUGAUAAAAUCUUUGGACUGUAUAAAAUAACCUUUAUUGCAGUACCUGGUAAAGAUCAAACGGGAUGCAGAGAAAUCUGUUAGUAUAGAUCUAGGUUUUGAAGUUUGGUAGUUACAUGAAAUUCUUUGUGUGACCUAUCUUAAAAUUAAGAUCUGAUCUGUUUGUAGUUUUCCCCACGGCGGUGGGUUUUCCCAGAGUGUGAUGGCUGGCCCUGUGUUAGUGAGCGUUGUUCUCUAUGAAAUGUCGAAGGCUUUCAGAAUGCUGCCGAAAUCUCGGCUUGGCAAAAAGCUUGGCUUUGGCAAGCCCCGAUCUGGUCAUGCCGGAAUUCAGAUCCCGGAGUGAACGGUCCCCUCCCAGAUCAGAGCCUGCCAUAACGAAACAGACAAAAACAAUCCCCCACAUCCCAGACCCUACCUUCAAAAAUGAUGUAGAGAGAGUCUAAAAGGAGGUGAGAGCUGUGUACUCCGAUGCAGAUUAAAUUUGGGAAGACGUUUGUUAGGAGGCAAAGAGCGUAUUGCAAUUAUAAAUUACGAUAUGCAGGUCGUCCUACGGACGGUGUCACGGAGCUGAGGAUGCGGCCGCUGCCUUUCUUGGAUCUUCUGUGCCAGACAGAAAUUUUCCAUCUUCUCAGCAAGGGGGCACUGGAACCGUUCGGAGGGUUUGGCUGGGGCAGAGCUGCUGCUCCUCCUCCUCCUCCCUACUCACACCUGCUGUGCACUCACGGACCCUCCGUCUCCGGCGUGCACAGUACUCAACCCUUACGUCUUGACGGAGCGCGGAUUCUAGGAAGGUGCCAGUCAAGCAUAGCCCUCGAGUCUUGUGUUGCAGAUGUUUCCUCUUAUUUAAUUCGAGGUUUUUAUUAUUAUUACUUUCUGAAUGUGUUCGUUAGUAGACAUAGAAGUAUUUAGUUAUUGUAGAACGUUUUGAAAGAUUGUGAAUUGACUUUAGAUAUUUUUUUUUCUACUGAAAUUAUUGAGGUUGUUGCAAAGUAAGUUGGACUUAAUUUAACUUUUUUUUUUUUUUUUAAUGUUGCACUAUUUUGGGGAACAUUUUGCUAAAAAUAUUUAAUGAAGUUGCAAAUUUGCAUGUAUUUAAUUUAUUUUGUAUUUUCCAAAGUUUUAUAUUUUCUUUCUUUAUGUGCACGUGCACUGCCAGAAAAAUGAACUGUGAACUUGCCGUAUGCAAUCUUGAAUAAAAUGACUAAUUUAGAACUGCUCUGUGCUAUCUCAACAGCUGCCCAGAGCUGAAAUUUCUACUAUGAAAUAAUGAUCCUCUUGUUUUGGUUCUAAAACAGUCGUCUUGGAAAAGAUACCAAACUUAAUUGCUGUCAGAGAUUUUGUAUUGUAGUAAAACUUUUGUUUGACCCUCGUGAAGUACAUCGUAGGUGCUGAAUUACCUUAGAAAAAGGUACGAAGUUCCUCACGCCAUCGGCAUCAAUUCUGCAUGGCAGUUUGGACAGCUUUCUUCAGCUUGAUUAAUACGUUAACUUGGACAUCUCUUAAUUGUGCUAGUGCUGAUCGGCCAGUCAGUCCACGUAGCUAAAAUAACCUGAGUUUCUCCAAGUUCACUUUUCCAUCAAGGCUAGAGAAGGACUUUCCAGAACUGAAAUGCUGAAAAGAUGCCUUAGGCUAAAAUUCUCAAAAAGAAGUACAAAAGGAUUGGAAAUUAUUGUCAAUUGAACUUACUGUGCUUAUAUAUAUUUUCUUGUUUUGUACGCCUAUUUUAAUUAGGCAGCUUAAGUUUGUAUUGCAUAUUGUAUAUUCAACUUUUGUACCACUUUGAAGUCUUAACACAUUUUCUAUAUGGAAAUGAAAACCACACAUCUGUUCUGCAGAGAUCAAAACCUGUCUCUUGCUCUUUCCACUGCUUGACCCUGUCUUACUUUCUUUGCUCUUGGAAUGUUGUGUUAGAUUUAUUCUAGGCUCAUUUUAAAGUUGCGGUUUGUAUAGCGCAAAUUAAAUUUCACAUCCAAAAUGUCAUGCAUGGGACAAAUCUGGUGGAAAUACUGUUCACAAAUGGAAAACAUACUUCAGAUGGAACUAAAGUGCAUACUGUUAUUUUUGCUAGUAAUUAAAAAUAUUUCCUGCUCACUGGAGCUUCUCUUAACGAUAUGUUCAAAUAUCUUGUGUUCGUCCUUGAGUUUGCAUUUCAUCAACUUGUUGCAAGGAAAGUUUUAAACCUGGAAAAUCUUGGCUGAUGCAUUUUUAAGUUUGUAUUUAAUUCGACAAGGGUGAGAGUGGAUUAUCCUGAAUAUAUUGAAAACAAGAAAAAUAAGUCACAAAAAAACUUUACUGCAAUAAUUUAUUCCUACAGAACCUUGUGAGUAACUUUUAAAUUUUGUUUUAUAAAGCCUAAUGGACUAAGAUACACAUUUGCCUGAAAUUUUCAUAACUAAGGCUUGGAAAUAUAGGAAGUACAGAAUGUGAAGCUGAACUUAGUUUCAUUUGAAUAAGCCGAACGGUCAGGUCCAAAAGGAAAAGGUCUAACCCCAUUUCCUUUAUCAGAGGAGAAGGACUUUGUGUAAACACGAAUGAAGUACAUCCCAACUGGCAAUGGAAAGAAUCCAAAGAGAAGUCGGCGGGAUAAUCUCAACCUACCCUUGCUUUGAUUCUUUCGUCUUCACUGUGCCUGUACGAGCUGCGAAGUGCGCUGGAGAACAUCGCUCCUCUCUCGCUCUCACCAUCUCGUUCAUCCAAACACUUUUUCGUUGUGGGAGAACCACGGGGGUUGAGGCAUUCUGUAGAAUUAUACAUGUCUAGUUUGUAAAGUGUGUAACGUGUACUGCAGAUGUGUAUUCUCUGGGCUCUAUGUAUCUUUACAGUAGUGUUCAAUUUAGGAAAAAAAAUAAAUUGUGGACACGUUUUGCUGGUAACAAGGGGAAAUUUUUUGCCAUUGCAUCAAACGAUGCUGAAAUGUAUUAAACUCUCGAUAACAGACCUGAACCCUCCUUCCCCCAUCCCCUGGAGAUAAAUCUUUUAUCUUCGUUCUGAAAUUCUCCCAGAGAUGGAUGGAUACACUGGCAGACUGCAUGAUGUAUCAUUCGAAAACCGUUACAGUGGAAAAUAAAACUGAGCUAAACUUUG